GAACUUCCGUGGUGUUAUCUCGUUUCCUGAAGUGUUUAUGUUUUCCUUAAAGACGUGAACGCCGCACGAAGUAACGUCAGCUGACUCCUGUCAACACGUGACAGUCUGGGUCAGGACGUCAACAUGGCUGCAGCACCACAACCUAUCUACUGGCUGGGUAACGACACCCUGAGGGUGUCUGCUGCCCUGUUUGCAGAGAACCGUCGACGUCUGUGCAGCGGGCUGAAGGCCAAAGACGGGUUGGUGCCGCAGUCCGUGGUGGUGCUGCAGGGAGGAGAGCAGAAGCAGAGGUACUGCACGGACACCGACGUGCUCUUCAGACAGGAGUCUUUCUUCCACUGGGCUUUCGGAGUUACCGAGGCUGACUGCUACGGAGCUAUUGAUGUGGAGUCGGGGAAAUCCAUCCUUUUUGUUCCCAAACUGCCUGAGAGCUAUGCUACUUGGAUGGGAGAAAUCUAUCCCAAGGAGCACUUUAAGUCCAAGUAUGCUGUGGAUGAGGUGCACUUCACCUGCGAUAUUGUUGAUGUUCUGUCCAGCAUGACACCAGCAGUUCUGCUCACACUGAGAGGACUGAACACAGAUAGUGGGAGCAUUUGCCGUGAAGCCUCCUUUGAAGGAAUCAGCCGCUUCACGGUGAACAACACAUUUUUACACCCAGUCAUUGUGGAGUGCCGCCUGCUCAAGACAGACAUGGAGCUGGAGGUCCUGCGCUACACCAACAGGAUUUCCAGCGAGGCCCAUAAAAUGAUCAUGAAGAAUGUGAAACCUGGACAGAAAGAAUAUGAAAUGGAGAGCCUUUUCCAGCAUUACUGCUACACCAAAGGAGGGAUGCGUCACACCUCGUACACCUGUAUCUGUGGAACCGGACACAACUCCUCUAUCCUCCAUUAUGGUCAUGUUGGGGCACCGAAUGACAAGACAAUCAUGGACGGAGACAUGUGUCUGUUCGACAUGGGUGGAGAGUACUAUUGUUACACUUCAGACAUCACCUGCUCCUUCCCAGCCAAUGGCAAGUUCACGGCAGACCAGAGGGCCAUCUACGAGGCCGUCCUCAGAUCCUCCAGAGCUGUCAUGGAGGCCAUCAGACCAGGUGUGAAGUGGACUGACAUGCACCGCCUGGCUGACCAGGUUCACCUGGAGGAGCUUGUGAAGAUCGGCAUCCUCACUGGCAGCGUGGAAGACAUGAUGAAGGUCUAUCUGGGCUCCGUCUUUAUGCCCCACGGCCUGGGACACCUGCUGGGCAUCGACGUGCACGACGUUGGAGGAUACCCUGCGGGGGUGGACCGCAUCGACGAGCCUGGGCUGAAGAGUCUUCGCAUGGGCCGCCUGGUGCAGGAGAGGAUGGUCCUCACUGUGGAGCCGGGCAUUUACUUCAUCAACCACCUGCUUGACCAGGCCCUGGCCAAUCCUGCACAGAGCUGCUUCAUCAACAACCAAGUGCUGGCUCGCUUCCGAGGAUUUGGAGGGGUGCGCAUUGAAGAUGACAUCGCAGUAACUGCCACUGGUAUCGAGCUGCUGACCUGCGUCCCCCGCACCGUGGAGGAGAUUGAGGCUUUCAUGGCUGAAACUGCAAAACCUUUCAGCCCCAUCGAGCAGAGCGAGUAGUUCUGAUCAGCAUUUCACAUUUCAUAAAUUAUAUCAAAUCAAAACCAAAUAUAAUUCUUCAGCUAUGAAGGUAGAAGGUAUUAGAACUCUAACUACUCACUUCUUUAACAGAUACAUAAUCAAGAUUAUUACUGAGCUUUAGAAUCAUCACUCUAAAGAACAAAAAACAAGCAGUUUCCAUACAUCAGCUUUAUGAAGGUUUCUCUAAGUUUUGACACUUGUAUAGCUGUUAUUUAAAGGGAAAAACUCCAGCUACAUACAUCAAAAGUGUUCAUUUGUGUGCCUCUUAAAAGAACUAUUUUUAAUUUUGUAACAAAAUUCUUAUUCUUCUAUGUUCCUUUUUGUAAUCACUGAUUUACAGAAUGCAGUGAAUUUCAAUUAAAGGCUUAAAUUUUUGACCUUG